AUGAUAGCAGCAGCAACGGUUGAGCCCCUUGGAAACUCAAAACUCCACUGCGGGAGUGAGGAUAUUGGGGUAACUGGGGCGGGAAUCUUUUCUGUCUCUGAGCGAAAGGCGGAAGCUAUUUUCUUAGCCCGAAAUACUAAGAGCCCCUCAACCCACAUUCUAAAUUCCCCGAGCGCUACGAGAUCAAACAGCAGCUGGGGCCGAGCGUUCUCAUCCAUUCCCAGGGGAGACUCGCCUCGCUGCACAGCUGCCCGCCGGGUGCCGAGAUGCGCCGCCGGCCCCUCUAACCUGACUGUGGACCUCCCGGCGCUGGGUGCCCAUCCCCGAGAACUUCGCCUCCCUCUUACUUUCAGCCAGAUCUGGAGGGGCCAGACAGCGCUGCGUCCUCCCUCAGCUCCAAACUUUUGUUCGGUCCUCCCGGUGGCGGCAGCGGCGACGGCGGCGGCUGCCGGAGCCCAGCCCUGUCGCCUGCAGCGUCGGGGCGCGGGGAUGCGGAGGCUGGAGCCUCAGAGCGGCGCGAGCCUGCCCGCAGCCGGCUGGCGCCCGGGCGCCCCACUCGCCUCGCUCGCUCUUGCCUUUCUCCCUUACGGAGCCGCGGCAUCGUCCUCCCCAGUCCUCCGCCACCUCCGCCUCCAGGGCUGGGGCAUGCCACUUUCUCCUGGCUCCGGCCGCCGCGGCCCCCGCCCCUUCUGCUCCUCUGCCUCCCCCUCUCCGCCUCGGCGGAGCCAAGCAGUCCCAACAGAAGGAGGACGAGCGUGGAAGGCGAUGGGAAGCGGCCCCAGUGCCGGGGCUCCUCGGAGACGGAGGACCCCGAGAGAGCUGUGGAUAACCGGGGUCUACCGCCUUCACGUAUUUGAGCGCCUAAAUUGUAUUAAGACGACUUGGAAAAACGCCCGAUUUGCCUCUCAAGCACAAGCCACGUAUGGAUCCACCCAGACGCACGCCAGAGACGCAAGCUGGCACAAAUGCACACAAGACCCGGGUGCUGACUCUGACUAAUAUGUAGUUUAUAGAUGAACAGCAUGUUCAGACAAUAAUCCCAGGGAUUAACUUCAAAAGAUACAGACUCCAACCUUCAGGCGUCCAAGCUCCAGGAAGGAGAUUUGCUGAUCUUUGGCCAAGGAGCCAGGAUGCUGUGACUCCAGGAUGACUAACCCAGGAUGAUGCACACCGGCCCAUCACUUGCCUUCCCAGAAUGGUCCUUGCUAGUCAGCACGUAGAGAACUUUUCAACCUCGUCCCUUGAUCUCUUUGCUUCGUUCUCCUCUCCCUCUUUGUAAGAACCUUUGCCUCCACUGAGUUGAGGUAGUGGGCUUUGAGACAUGAGUCUCCCAUCCUCCUGAUGUCCAGCAACU